UAUUGUGUUUCAUUUUGCAAUCGGAGGUGUGCUGACAUACAGCUGAGAAGAAAGCUGAUCAUUCGGAGGCUAACGACGGAGGCUAACGAUGGCUCGGGUUGCCUGUCUAGGAAACUGCUUACUUCUGCUGUUCGUGAUAAUGGUCGUGCAGGAAGACGCGAACGGCGGGAGGCAUGGGCGAGCGAGGACAAAGAGAGAGUGGGUCAUUCCUCCACCACACCUGGUAGAAAACAAGGAUUACACGAGGAAGGCGUUCAUUGCCAAGAUAAGAUCUGACAAAGCGGAGCCGACUGAGAAGUUGAUCUACGACUUGCAUGGGCCUGGUGCUGACCUGCCGCCAGUGAACUUGUUCAUCCUUAACCAAACAAGCGGCUUUGUCAGAAUUACUGGAAUUUUGGACAGAGAAGCCAUUGCAAACUACACACUAUCUGCCUCUGCACGAUUUCUAAGGAACUUGACAUUAGCAGAAGACUAUCUCACCAUAAAAAUUGUCGUUACUGACGUAAAUGACAACGCGCCUGUAUUUUUCAAAUCAGGCUUGCCUGAUGGUUCUGUCCAUGAGUCAAGUCCAAUAGGUACGUUAGCGGCACAAGUACGUGCCACAGAUGCUGACCAGGCCGGCACCCCUCACACGGAUCUUCGAUAUGAAAUUAUUAAGCAAGUACCAAAAUCCAAGAUGAUGUUCUACGUGGAGCCAAAAACCGGGCAAAUUAAGGUCAAAGAGCCCACCCUUGACCGAGAGACACAACAGACCUACAUGUUGACCGUAAAAGCCACUGACAUGGGUGGCUCAGCAACGGGCCUGACGGGAACUGGGACGGUUAUCAUUACGAUCCUGGACAUCAAUGACAACCGUCCGGUCUUGGAUAAUACCUCGUACGCGGGCGAAAUCGAGGAAAAUGCAGCCAACAUUGAAGUGAUGCGAUUGAAAGCAUCAGACCGUGACCAAGCGGGCACGGACAACUGGCGUGCGAAGUACGAAAUAGUCUCAGGAAACGAAGAUGGGUACUUCAGCAUCGAGACUGACCCCAAGACCAACGAGGGCGUGUUAAAGCUAAACAAGCCAGUGGAUUAUGAAAACAUAAACGAGAUAUACAUGGAAGUAGCCGUCGAUAACGAAGCACCUUAUCAGUUUACUUACGGAAAAAUCGAAGGAGCUGGUUAUGGAGAAGGAGAAGGAGCAGGAGGAGGUGAAGGAGCCGGUGAAGGAGGAGGAGCAGGUGCCGGAGGAGGAGCAGGAGGAGUCAGUGGAAGUGCUGGUCGUAAAAAAUACCCGGUUGUACUCAAGGUAAAAAACCUACCGGACGGUCCCAAGUUUGUACCAGCGGUGAAGCCAGUUACAGUCUCAGAGGACAAGGAGAAGAUCACGGUUCCAAUGGUGCUUACCACCUAUCAAGCUGUCGAUGAAGACAGUGGAAAGAUUGCCAAGAAUGUCAGGUACGCAAAGGGCUCUGAUCCAGCCAGCUGGUUAGCAGUGGAUAGCGACACAGGAGAAAUUAAACUCACAAGGGUACCCGAUCGGGAGUCUAAGCAUGUGGUCGACGGCAUAUACUAUGCAAAAAUACUCUGCAUUACAGAUGACUUACCCGCCAGAACUGCCACCGGGACCGUCGCGCUUCACAUAGAGGACGUGAACGAGCACUGUCCCGAGCUGACCAGCAGCCACCAGAGCGUGUGCACGCGGGACAAGGCCGUCUACGUCACCGCUCACGACAGGGACGGCCUGCCCAGCGGCCCUCCCUUCACCUUCCAGUUGCUAAGCGACGGCACGUCAGACGCAUGGGACAUGAGGACCCACAACGACAGCACGGUCGUUCUGACACCCCGGGACUCCCUACAGCCCCGCCCGUACGCGGUGGCCUUCCAAAUAAAGGACAGAGAGGGCCACGCCUGCGCCGAGCCCGAGGUUCUGGACCUCGUCGCCUGCGACUGUUUCGGCGACGGGACCUGCCGACCUGAGGAGGCGCCGCAGCCCUCUGCCAUACUGGCCCGAAAAAACAGGCGUGGCACGUUUGGAGGUCCCGUGCUGGGCAUCCUCGCGGGCGUGCUCUUACUGCUUCUGUUGGUGCCCCUGCUGCUGCUUUCUUGCAGCUCUGAGAGUGGGCUGCUGGUGGAGGAGUUUGCGAACUCGCCCAUCGAGGCCAAAGAGCAGCUGAUUAUAGGUCACACGGAAGGCUUGGGCGAAGACAAGGACGUCUCUCUGAUGGCUGUCCCCGUACUAUCACAAGCAGCACCGGUGUUCGGUGCGGCAAACGCGUCCGCAUUUUGCGCAACGGGAGCGGGCAACGUGAGCGCGGACACCUUAGUGAGAGCCGUGAACGUGAAGGCCGUCUCCGCAGCGAGAACGGGGUACCUGAACGCGGGAUCCUCGGUGAGGUCGGGGAACCUGAACGCGGGAUCUUCAGUGAGAACGGGGUACCUGACCGUAGAUUCCUCGACGAGAGGCGCUCUGCACGAAGUUCAGCGCAGAACGCUCCAAACGGAACUGUUUUCGGGGUGCGGAGCCGACGAGGAAGACGCCCUUCCGCGCGCGUAUCUGCAAGAGUACUACUCGAAGAAAGCUAGCCGUAGAGCUGAAUGCGAGGACAGCCUGCGGGCUUAUGAGUACGAAGGCCAGAGCUCAUCGGCAGGGUCCGUGAGCAGCUGCAGCGAGCAGGAAGUGGACCGCAGCCUGGACUUCCUGGACGGCCUGGACUCCAAGUUCAGGACCCUGGCGCAGAUCUGUAGACGUCAGGAAGCCGCGUCCGAGGUGACGACCGCCAGCGUCGCCGCCGUCGCGGCGAUCAGAACGCCGCCGCCCAGCCGGGCGGAGGGAGUCAGCGUGGAGAAGGUCAACCUGGCCAUGGUCGACCUGGCGAAGGUCAACAUGGAGAAGGUCAACCUGGAGAAGGUCAACGUGGAGAAGGUCAACGCGGAGAAGGUCAACGUGGAGAAGGUCAACGCGGAGAAGGUCAACGUGGCGGCGUCCUCGGCCUGCACAAGGAGGCUGGUCCACGAGGAGGUGGUGCUGCAGGACCAGGCCUUCGUGAUCCCGCAGCCCGUGUACUUGGCGGCCGCUCCCGUCGCUCAGACUCAGUACGUGGUUCGCCCGCAGGUCCAGCAGACGGUGCUGGUCCCCGACACCCUGCAGGGCCUGUACGUGAUGAGCGACGCCCCCGCGGCGGAGAAGGUGGUCGUGCAGGAGGGCAGGGUGGUGGCGGGUCCGGGCGUGCCGGUCGGGGUGCCGCCGGGGGGCUUCGCCAUGGGCGAGGGCCUGGUGCUGGUGACGAACGCGGGCUCGAGCCACGAGCUGCACCGGGCCGGUGCCGGCCCAGGCUUGGUCCAAAUGGGACAGAACAUCGUGCUCCUGGAGGACCGGGUCCUGCACGGGAGCCCGCUGGGCCUGAGCGAGCCGAACGGGUCGGAGAACAUCGCGUUCGUGCAGAGGGGCGAGCGGCACGGCGCAGACCCCGGGGAGAACGUGGUGCUGGUGGACAGCCAGGUGGGCGCGGGGCAGGUGCUGCAGGGGGGUCGGCUGUGGAUCCAACCAGGUACCCUACCGAGGGGCACCGUCUACGGGUCCCAGAACAUCCUGCUGGUGGAGAGAGAGGGCGCGGCGGGCCAGGUUCUGGGGAGCCCAGUCAGCCCUCAGCAGAUAUUACUGGCAGGUCCAGCUGGGUUGUCUCCAGGGUUCGUGCAGGUGACUAGCCCAGAGAACGCGUUCGAUUUUGAGAGGCGGGUGAGAAGUGGACAGGGUACAACGGAGUUAGGGUCAGAUGCCCCAGCGAAGAGAGAAUCUGCUGUGUGAAGUGGUGCGUUUCGAGUGCGGGACAGGGAGGGUGGAAAACCAGCCGUUCUCGGCCCUCGAGGACCAUGAGCUGCGGAUCCCUGGGCUAGGGUGAAUCGAUGAGCUUCUAUCUUCCUAUGUCACGUGCCUUUUGUCCCAUGUCUGACACACUAGUGCAUGUAAAUGUAGUUGACGGAUCAAAGGGCAGUCAUAUCAACCACUGUAUUGUGUUGUGUUUGCAUUGCGUUAACAUUUUUCUUAGAGGGAACAUCCACUGUAAAACAUGACAAAAACAUGUCAACAUUUAGAUAAUGGUCAAUUCAAACUAUCUCUUAUUUGGUUCCUGUUUCAAAUUUAAUUUCUUAUAUUUUUUUUAUUUUUUUAUUCCUGUUUUAAAAAAAACUUUUUCUGCUUGGACUCAGGAGUAUAUACUUUCUAUGGUGGCGCUGCAAUUUGUUAUUAUACUGUAAUGGCUAAAAGUGAAGGCACUGUCUCCCCGACUCAAACCUUUAUCAUAUGGGGUAAAUAUCUAUGGUAAAUAUCUAUGGUUAGAGUUAAACAGAAACUCCAGAGGUCUCUAUGACUGACUGUGAGAUAGAUAUUUAAAAAAUCAAAGGUUGUUUUAAUCAAAUAAAAAAUAUAUAUACAGUCAUAUUGUUUUGGGAUGUUU